ACAACCAUCCUUCGGUCUAAUUCUUAAGCUUCAAAGUCUCUUGGCUUUAUAAUUAUUGAUCUACCGCCCUGGGUCCAGUUCACCUCACGGCGACAGCAAUGGCAGUCGCUUCUUGGUUUAUCUUUUCCUUCCUGUUGUCAUGCGCGCUCUAUUUGACGAGCUGGAUACGCGAAAGACGUAGGAUACCACCAGGUGCUCGACCAUUACCUGGUCCUAGGUCCUUACCCCUAAUCGGCCGCGUGCAUGAUGUACCCGCAGAGUCAACAUGGCUGAAGUUCCACGAAUGGAGCAAAGAAUAUGGGCCGAUAUAUAAGACGGAAAUGUUUGGCACGGUCCAUGUCUGGAUAUCGUCGGAACGGAUCGCCAAUGACCUUCUAUCUCGUCGAGCAGCUAACUAUUCGGACCGGCCGUUGAUACCAAAUCUUCCAGACAACCGAACGAGCGGGAACUACCUCGCUCUGUCGGGACGAAAUGAUACAUGGAAACGUCAACGGAAGCUCUGUCAACAAUUAAUGGCUACAUCGGCUAAAUCGCUGUUACACGACUAUCCAGCCAAGGAGCGGGACCGCUUCUUAUACCUUCUGUCGCAAGAUCCUUCACAAUAUCGAGAAUACGUCGAGCAAUUCACAUCGCGUACGGUGUCUCGUCUCUCUUGGGGUAGUCCUCACCCCGCUCAGCUUUUACGAGUGACCACCUUCGGACUCCUCGAGACUAUCUCGCCUUCAGGGGCUCUCCCUAACGUUAUUUCUUGGCUCAUGCACGUGCCAACCUUCUUAAGCCCGUGGAAGCAAAAGGAGAACGCUCGACAUGAACUCGAAGCGGGGCUUUUAAAAGGCAACGUGCAGUACGUGCAUGACCGCCUUGAUGAGGGGAAUGCCGAGCCCAGUUUUGUGCGCACCUUUAUCGAUAGUUUGAGCACUCAAAAAGACGGCGAUAAAUGGGGGAACGAGGCGGAGGCGACAUAUGUUGUUGGUCAGAUGGCUAUUGCCGGGGCCUUGACAAUAGGGAGCCCGAUCCAAAGUUUUAUUCUCGCUAUGCUACAUUUUCCUGAUUGGCAGAGAAAACUCCAAGAAGAAAUCGACACAGUGUGCGAGGGGAGAUGUCCAGAGUGGGAAGACCGAGAAAAGUUGCCGUUACUCCGAGCUGUAGUCAAGGAGACGAUCCGGUGGCGCCCGCCGGUACCGACCGGAAUUCCUCACGCAAUCGAGCAAGACGAUGUAUACAACGGAUAUUUCAUCCCCGCGGGUGCCACAGUCCAUGCACUAGAAUGGGCGAUCACCCGUGAUGAGUCCAUGUACCCGGACGCGGACGCUUUCAACCCCGGGCGGUGGAUAGAUCCCCGGUUUCCGACAUACAAGGAGCCCCUGACGGUGCAUCCGAACCUUAACGGGUUCAGCCAGUUUGGCUUCGGCCGCCGCACGUGCCAGGGUAUCCCGAUCGUGGACCAGGACCUAUUCCUAACGAUGGGCGGAAUGGCCUGGGCCUUCAACAUCCGAAAGAAGAGGCGCGCGGACGGCUCCGAAGUCCCUGUUCAUUGGAACGACUAUACGCCGCUACUUAUCGCUAAGCCGGUGCCUUUCGAAUUCGACGCUACGGUUAGGAGCGAGGAGAAGGAUAGGCUGCUAAUGCAUAUGUGGGAGACGGGCAAAGGUGAAGAUGACGAAGAAGAGGAGAGGAAUCAGAUGUUAUCGCAGAAGGAGAUGGGUGAGCCGUUGGGGGAGGGAAAACACCCAGUUGCUCCAGACGUCCCGGCGCACGAGCGCGAAGACGACGUCGGGAGCGAUCGCGGGAGCGAGACGAGUGGCGUGGCGGGCUCAUUGACUGGGUCCGUGGCUUCGGUUAGUACGGGCUCUGAUAGCGAGGGCGAGGGCCACGGGCUUAGGUCUCCGCUUACGAUUGCGAAAAGGUGUGGUGAGGAGAAGAGGAGGUUGGCGUUUGUUUCGAUUGAGGUAAUGGAUUAGGUACCUGACAAGGCUGGAUUCGGUUUGGUACGGUAGGAUUUUGGACGGAUAGGGCGGAUGGGUUGUAUGUACGAGCUCGAGUAUUGUAGACUGAUACGAUAUAACGCAAGGCAUGAUCACGGAUAUGGCACGGCGCGGCAUCUCCCACGGGUUCUUCUUUUUACUUGAAAUGGAUGGAUGGAUGGUCAGGAUGGUUAUGGCAUGUACCUAGCUAGGCUGGAAUAUAGGGACUUGGGCUGGUUGAACUGACUAUAGCUGUUAUAGACGGGUGUAUACGGUGGCCACCUGUCUAGGUAUCUAGUAUGUAUGGUAAUUACUGUGUCCGUAUCAAUGAAUACUCCUCUCGGCUGAUGGAUUUCUUCCCCUUUGUGGUCCGGCUAUAC